AAACAUUGACCUUUUUCCAGUGAAGUGAAAGAAAAGAGGCAGAAACAUUUUCAAGUUCUACAAACUGAAGAAACUCAUGAAGCUUAAAGGAUGUUUGAGACGGUGUUCCUCAUUCAGGUGAGUAAAACCUGUUUACCUCUAUUUAAUUGAUACAGCAGAUUAGAGCACUGAUGGUGUUUCCUCUCAGAUGCUAUUGCUGCAAUGCACGAGUGUCCAAAGUGAGACAGAGAGUCAUGCAAAGUGUGGGGACAAUGUGACCCUGAAGUGUUCAGGUGUGGAGAGUAUGGAGUUCAUCUCUGUGGCCUGGUAUAAGGUAAGUGAUACGUUUCAGCUGCAUCUGUCUUUUAAAUCACACAGAGAUGGUUUUUAUGUUCCUUUCAGUCAAAAAUGAAUAAAAAAAAUAAAUAAACAUGUGGUUAAAAGUUGUGAUUUUAACAGUUUGAUAAGCAGAAGCCCCAUGGCAUCGUUAGGAGGGAUAAAGGCGAAGAUAAUAUUCAGGAUUACAACUUCACUCGUCCGACCGUAUUCAAAGAGGACCAAAGUUUGUUCCUGAGCAGCGUGGUACCUGAUGAUUCUGGACUCUUUGAGUGUGAGAUCACUGCAGACCUGGGCCAUACAAACCUGCACUCCAAAGUCAAACUGACGGUUAAUGGUGAGACAGGAAUUUCAUUUACAUUUAGACACACAUCUGAAAAGUUCAACAAUAUAUAUAUUUUUAAUAUUGUGCUGUCUAAAACAGAUAGUAUAAUCAUAAGAGUAUUUCAGGUUACUUCAUCUUGGGGGGUAUUUAAAAAGCUCAAUCUAUGGUGUGUGUCACAGCAUUAACUCGUGCACUGUGUUCCCCACAGUGGAAAUAAAUCUGGAAAAUGUUUUAGAUGAUGGUAAAUCCCCAAACACUAGUCUACAACUGUAUGUGGGUUUCAUUUUUGUACACCUUUGUUGGGUUGAGAUUUUGUGGUGGAAAUUUAUAACAGUGUUUAGAGAUGUGGGUGUGCCAAGCCCCUCCAGAAAAAGGUGUUAAAUCCUUUUUUUUUUUUUUAGUUUUAUUGAGCAGAGACAUGUCAUCAUUUUCAUUUUUCUUCAGAGUUAAAACUCUGUAUUUAUCAGAUAAUAUAAAAGUGUGGACCUUUGUGAGGCAGGGGUGAAUUUUAGGUGGAAAAUUGUUGGCUAGAUCAUCAUGGUGUUUGCCGACAAGAAGAAAUCACGAAAACAAAAAAUCUAAUCUGUGGUUCUUUGGUCACGGCUUUCAAAAAUGUCCAGCUUAACCAGCUUAAUCCAGUUUAUUAAAACAGUUCUAGAGAAAUUACGUUCAAUAAAAUGUGUUAAAUUAAUAAAAAUAAUAAAUAAAUAAAAAAUAAAAAAAACAUUACAUGACCCACAUUUGUUGACUUCAACCUCAUUUCUAUCCCAACUGUCACAGAACAUUUCUCGCCACAUCACACAACAGGAAACACUCAUCGAGUUCACCCAUCACCCCAAAUGAGAGCAAUAAUUUCCUUUCUACUGAGCCACCAGUUUAGUCCUACAUGUACUCAAUCUACAAUCUGUUUAAAACAAAGUGUGCACCAAUCAAAUUCUCAUAGAAAUUAUGUUGUGAAAUGUUUCUAUCAUGCUGAGAUGAAUGGUGUCUUAUUUUGAACACUGAUUACUCUUUUCUUUUUCUUUUUGUGGAAACACAGAGUGUGAGAAUGAGCUGAUGACAACAAUAACAUAUGAACAGAACAGCACACAAACGCCCAGUCAUGGACGCGAGGAGGAUCUGCCCGUGCAGUGGAGCAUCACUGGUGUUGUGGCAGUGGGACUCGCCAAAAUUAUUCUGUCUGCCAACAUCAUUUUGGUAAAUAAGUUUUGAUUUGUGUUUGUUAGGGUCAGUCAGUGCUGUGAUUUAAAACCACGUCAUUGGAUCAGGUCUGGAUUACAGUCUGGUUUGAAACUUGAUGAGAAAGAGAACUAAAAUAUUAAACUCAAUCAGGAGUAAAGUUAUUUUGGUGGAAGUAGAAGUUAAACUACUGGACUGUGAAUCUACUCAAGUUAAAGUAAAAGAAAAAACGGGGGCGGGGGGGUUUAAAAGUUUCUGUGACGUAAAUUAUGUAAAAGCUCAUUUUUCGAAACUCAACCCUGAAGGAAAACCAACAAGAGACUUUUUCUGUUACGAGGAAAAUUCUCGUCAUGACACCAUUAGACAUUUUUGUUGCAGAUUUUUUUUUUCCAUAGUUAGACUUUGCAGACUGUCCCUGGGGCUUUCAUGAUAUACGACGUUCACCUCUUGAUAAUCACAGUCAUAAAAUAUCACAAUAACAAAAUUGCAUCGUGUCAUUGUCUGUUUCUAACUAUGCUCAAAUUUAUGAUUUAUUCACAUUACUUGUUGUGAAACUGAAACUUUUCUAAAAACAAACAAAAAAAAUUGCCCAAUGAAAUAUGUCCUUGUUAUGCUUUAAUUUUUUUCCUGUCCUGCGUUUAGGUAGCUUUAUUUCCUACACUGUAAAACUGUGCUUUUAUUUUGAAAGCUAUGAAUAUACAAACUUUAUUGUAAUUUAUAUAACUUAAUGAAAACACUUAAAAAGCAGGUAAAAACUCCCAACUUGACAAAAGUUUUCCUGGUUGUUAUUCAGAUGUUAGCAUUUAUGUUCUUUUCCUCAGCCACUCAAAACUAAGUGCUCCAUGGUAGGUUAAAUUCCCCACAUAAAAUUAACCUUCUCGGGCUUUUGGAAAUUCUGUGGUUUUGUCAAGAUGACUCAUGUAGCUUUUUCAGCAUGGCAACAAAUAAUAAACAAGGGUGAUGUAAGAGACAUGUUUAUUUAUUAAAAUAUUAGUGUUGAUGUGUUGGGGAUGUUUUGGCUGACUUUUCGGCAUUUUUGAGAAACUACUUUGACAUUUUUUUUUUAAGUAUGCAACAUAGGGUCUACUAGGAAGAGAGGGGCAAUCACUACAGUGUGAUCAGGUAAAUAAUAAUCAUAAUAUUGGACUUUAAAAAUGCAUGUAAACAUGUUAGCCCAACUGAAAUGCAAGUACUUUGAUCAAAAAGAGUGCGGCCUGUUAUGUAAUGGACCAAGUAAUGUGGCCGUCGAGGACAAUGGAGCUCAAAGAUGUUUCAACUCAGAAAGGUGCAAAUGAGAUGCCACAACAGAGACUUGCUGCAGAAGAAGAAAUGAAACAAAUGAAACGCAAGGUGUGGCAAAGGGUCGACAGUCUACAAAGAACUGAAACCACUGCAUUUACUGCACCCUUCAGGGGUCAAUAAAGUUUUUAUUUUUCUUCUUCUUCUACUGUAUAGGUAAAUGCCCAAUUUUGAACCUCAGGGUGACAACCAUGUAAGGCGAAUGGCAGUGACAUUUUUCACGUGGUUUAGUGAGUUUCAUAAUUCGCAUAGGUGUUAAUUUUUGGGGACCUGAGACAGCUUUAUGAUGACUGUUGCCGAGCUGCAUUUGCAGACAAGCUAGACGGGAACACGCUCACUCUGAGGCUUCGUUUCCUCUACAGGGGGGUACACACAUUUUUCUUUUUUGAUACACGCACCGUGGGUGGGCUUGUUUCCAGUUGACUCACUAAUGUAAAAGUUGUCUGUCUUCAUCUUUUUCUGUGAUUGUUCAGGUAACCCGGGCUGUUCAAACCUGGUCUUCAAGACAACGGCGGCAGCAGUGGUGAAGCUGACAGCUGGAAUGGACAAAGAAAUUCUCUUGAACAGCUUUUACUGUGUAAUAUUUUGUGUGUUUGUGAUAUAUUUAUUGUACUUUUUAAAGAUGUAUAGUCUUUCAUGAGUACUGGCUUUAUUUUUUAUAUAUAAAGUUGUGUGUGACUGUGUUAAACCACAACACUUGCUGCCUUUUUAUUAACACGGAAGAGGUCAGCUUGUUUAGCUGAUUCUUUAGAAAACAGACCAAGGAGGAUGUGAGGCGUAUUUAGGGGAACAAAAACCACCUUUUGCUCCAUGUAAGGUGGUUACAGGCAGGAUGUUACUAGUGAAAAGUUGAGGUGUAUAAUCUAACUAUUUAAUAAAACUAUCAUUUUGUUAUAUGGCAUAUACUCAUGUUGUAUUUGAGGCAUUAACUGCAAUUUUAAUGCAAGAGACAUGAAACCAAAAUCCACCUCAUGUUGCGCUUGUGGAGCCCAGGCAUGCAAAGAAGGGUUUUGGAGCCAGGGGAUUGCAGUCACAGCCUUCCUGCUGACCAAAACAUGCAUUAAACUGAGUGAUAAACCAGCUCAGGUUGAUCUAGUCCAUUAAUUCACUCAGUCAUACUCAGCUUGUUUAAAAAAAAAAAAAAAAACACUUGUAUAGAGGAGCUGCAUCCACUGACAAUGUUUUCGUCAGAGUGCUUUUUACUUGUUUCUAGGUAACAUUCACUUCCACUUCCCUCCAUGAUGACUGUUAAAUCUAUUUUUAAACUCUGUUUGUGCUUCACUUGUGCUUUCAUUAAGUGCAACUUUAAAACAAAAGUGUCAAAUCAAUUUAAAAAAAAAAUGGCAUUUGCUGCAUCUCCAGACUUGAACCUUGAAAACACAAGUAUUGUAAGCUUCUCCUCCUCACAUGUUGUUCAAAAAAUCUGUUUGUAUCUGAGUAUCUGAGUAUCUAAAACCACUGAAACCACACUAGAUCAAACCGCUCAAGAUGAACUAGACAGUGUUUUCAUCAUUUGAUGUACAUCCUAUUUGCUUCUUCUCAACAUGUUUGUCGAUUGUAUUGGUGUAUGUCGUAUUAGGCAAACCAGGAGAUGGCCCAGUAGUAAUGAACUGAAGGGAAGGAGGCAUGUCACCACCUGCUAUCAAGAAGGCAGACAUACUUUAGUCAAUAAAUCCAUUUCCGUACAUUGUAGUAAACUGGGACACGGACAGUAGUCCAGUUAACCACCCAAUCAGGUUUAACUUAACAGCGUUGUAGACGCUGCAAACAAAGCUGCAACAGAAGGAGAAACAAAGUGAAGCUGUCAAAUCGUAAUCAGAAAAGUGACAGAGUUGGAAAGUUGUAUUUCUUUUGGACAUAAACCAGUAAGCCUCUUGCUAACUUGUUUGUCACAGUUCGCUCAUCUUGACUAAAUGAUCCUGUAACUGUAGCUCAGCUAAACUGUGUAUAUCAACACACUUUGUAUAUUGUGACUUCCAUUUGAACUAAUAGCUUAAGGUUGGUAGUUUGACACACAUUUGACUCUAUGAGCACAAGUAUCUCUGCUGGAAAAACGGGCAUUUUAGCUCUGGGCUUAUUGAGGCCUUUUGGCUUUUGCUGUCAGUCUAAACCGCAGAGUUUUUUUUUUUGUUUGCAUAUGCUGCAAUAUCAGACGUUGCGGUUUGUGGUUGUGCAAGUUUCAGCACCUUGUAAACAAAGUUAUACGCCCAUGUUUUUGCUGAUUUUGUCCUACACAUGUGAGGCUUUUAGCUUUUCUCUUUCCAGGCAUUUCCAACUGCGAAUUAGUGUCGAAUGUAAAAGAACAGCUGUGAACGCUGCACCCUGUGAAUGACUUCAUCUGACACCUUCUGUGGCAGAGGUUUCAGGCAUUAAAAAUAACUGUAGAAAUAA